AUGGCCAGCACAUCCACCACCAUCAGGAGCCACAGCAGCAGCCGCAAGCUGAGUGCCGGCUCAGCCAGGCUUCCUGGGGUCAGCCGCUCUGGCUUCAGCGAGCGUCCUCCGUGUCCCAGCUCCAGGGGCAGUGGUGGCCUGGGUGGCGCAUGUGGAGGAGCUGGCUGCCGCAGCCUGUAUGGCCUGGGGGGCUCCAAGAGGAUCUCCAUUGGAGGGGGCAGCUGUGCCAUCAGUGGCGGCUAUGGCAGCAGGCGGAGGCAGCUGGCUUUGGUGGCGCCGAGUGGAUUUGGUUUGGGUGGUGGAGCCGACAUUGGCUUUGGCCUGGGUGGUGGAGCCGGCCUUGCUGAUGCCCAGGCAAGCAGGCAAUCCGGGCCCUCAACUCUUUCCCGGUCGCCUCCCUUCAUAAACAAGGUGCGGUUCCUGGAGCAGCAGAACAAGGUUCUGGACACCAAGUGGACCCUGCUGCAGGAGCAGGGCACCAAGACCGUGAGGCAGAACCUGGAGCCGUUGUUCGAGCAGUACAUCAACAACCUCAGGAGGCAGCUGGACAGCAUCGUCGGGGAACGGGGCCGCCUGGACUCGGAGCUCAGAGGCAUGCAGGACCUGGUGGAGGACUUCAAGAACAAAUAUGAGGAUGAAAUCAACAAGCGCACAGCAGCAGAGAAUGAAUUUGUGACUCUGAAGAAGGACGUGGAUGCUGCCUACAUGAACAAGGUUGAACUGCAAGCCAAGGCAGACACUCUCACAGACGAGAUCAACUUCCUGAGAGCCUUGUAUGAAGCAGAGCUGUCCCAGAUGCAGACCCACAUCUCAGACACAUCCGUGGUGCUGUCCAUGGACAACAACCGCAACCUGGACCUGGACAGCAUCAUCGCUGAGGUCAAGGCCCAAUACGAGGAGAUUGCUCAGAGGAGCCGGGCUGAGGCCGAGUCCUGGUACCAGAGCAAGUACGAGGAGCUGCAGGUCACAGUGGGCAGACAUGGGGACGACCUGCGCAACACCAAGCAGGAGAUUGCUGAGAUCAACCGCAUGAUCCAGAGGCUAAGAUCUGAGAUCGACCACGUCAAGAAGCAGUGUGCCAGCCUGCAGGCCGCCAUUGCUGAUGCUGAGCAGCGUGGGGAGAUGGCACUCAAGGAUGCCAAGAACAAGCUGGAAGGGCUGGAGGACGCCCUGCAGAAGGCCAAGCAGGACCUGGCCCGGCUGCUGAAGGAGUACCAGGAGUUGAUGAACGUGAAACUGGCCCUGGACGUGGAGAUCGCCACCUACCGCAAGCUGUUGGAGGGCGAGGAGUGCAGGCUGAAUGGCGAAGGCGUUGGACAAGUCAACAUCUCUGUGGUACAAUCCACCGUCUCCAGUGGCUAUGGCGGUGCCAGCGGUGUCGGCAGUGGCUUAGGCCUGGGUGGAGGAAGCAGCUACUCCUAUGGCAGUGGUCUUGGCGUUGGAGGUGGCUUCAGUUCCAGCAGCGGCAGAGCCAUUGGGGGUGGCCUCAGCUCUGUUGGAGGCGGCAGUUCCACCAUCAAGUACACCACCACCUCCUCCUCCAGCAGGAAGAGCUACAAGCACUGAAUUGCUGCCACCAGCUCUCGGUCCCACAGUCCUCAGGCCCCUCUCUGGCUGCAGAGCCCUCUCCUCAGGCUGCCUGUCCUCUCCUGGCCUCCAGUCUCCCCUGCUCUCCCAGGUAGAGCUGGGGAUGGAUGCUUAGUGCCCUCACUUCUUCUCUUUGUCUAUACCAGCCCCAUCUGAGCACCCAUUGCUCACCAUCAGAUCAACCUCUGAUUUUACAUCAUGAUGUAAUCACCACUGGAGGUUCACUUUGUUACUAAAUUAUUAAUUUCUUGCCUCCAGUGUUCUAUCUCUGAGGCUGAGCAUGAUAAGAAAAUGAUAUCUGAUCCUUUUCAUUGCAAAAAAUUGCCUGGGGCUUAUUUCAGAACAACUUCCACUUACUUUUCACUGGCUCCCAAACUUUCUUCCUUGCAAGUUUGUGAACCCACACCCCUGCAGUAUCCAUGAAAGCACAAGUGACUAGUCCUAUGAUGUACAAAGCCUGUAUCUCUGUGAUAAUUUCUGUGCUCUUCGCUCUUUGCAAUCGCUAAAUAAAGCAGAUUUAGAAUACAAU